AUGCUGCUUCCACUAGAUGCAAAUAAGCAACUACAUCGAGAAGGCAGUUUUAUACGGAAGAUGACCCCAAUUGAACGGAACAAUAUUAAAACAGAACAUACAAGUCAUUUUGACUGGCGUCAAAAAGGAGUAGUUACGCCUGUUAAAGCACAAGGUAAAUGUGGCUCCUGUUGGGCAUUUGCUUCUGUUGCUACAACGGAAUCUGCUUAUGCUGUGGCACAUGGAGUUUUGAGAAGUUUAUCAGAGCAGGAACUAUUGGACUGUAAUUUGGAGAAUUUUGCUUGUAAUGGGGGGAAUGUGGAAAGGGCAUUUAGUUUUAUACACGAUACGGGACUAGUCUCAGAAGGCGAAUACCCUUAUGUAGCACACCGACAGCCUGCCUGUCUGAUGAAUGAACACAGCAAAAAUUUAACAAAAAUAGAAUCUGCCGUGUUUAUCAAUCCGGAUGAGGAUUCUAUAAUUGAUUGGCUUUUAAAUUUUGGACCAGUUAAUGUUGCCAUUUCCGUGCCUCCAGACAUGAAGCCUUACAGAAGCGGAAUUUAUGCUCCUUCAGAUUUUGACUGCAAAUACAGGGUGGUUGGACUUCACUCACUUUUGGUUGUCGGCUACGGAAUUACUGACAACGGACAAAAAUAUUGGAUAGUAAAAAAUAGUUGGGGGGAUGAUUGGGGGCAGGAAAACGGCUAUGUUAAUUUUAUUAGAGGGGUAAAUUCUUGUGGAAUUGAGGAUGAACCGAUUGGAUUGCUGGCUUAA